AACCUUCAAAGCGACAACAUCUCGGAACCUCGUCGAGCAGCUGCUGCUCACAAACGUUGUUGUUAUUUCGUGAGUUUACUGUGAUUGACGAGAGCGUGUUUUCGAGGCCAGCAUUAUUUUCGAUACCGACAACGAUGAUGGACUGAUGUUUAAACGUGUUUCAGUGCAAAGUGCUUUCCGAAAGUGUUAUCCAAGUGAAACGCAAACGCCCGGCAGGUCCGCGCGCACGCGUGUGUGUGAGUGUGUUGUUGCAACCGAGCAAAAGUGAAUCUUAGAAAUCUCGAAAAGUGAAACUCCUUCUUCCGUAACGGUCUUCCACUCGCAUUUUCUCCCCCUCUGUCCCGCGGGAGGCGGAAGUGACAAUAGUUUGUGGUGCAUCGUGAAUGCUACAACGCUGGCUGGGAACAAGUUAAUUAACUCACGUCGAUCGCUUCACCUCCUCUACGAAAAAUAGCAACGGGCGUCCAAUCCCCCUUUUGAACGAUCGAUCAGCGAGUCGAUCUAGAUUUGAUCGAAAAUCCCUCGGUAACCAGCCCACCACCCAAGUGGGCCGGUGGUAGGUGGUAGUGCGAUUUUGUGCUCCAAAGUUUUAGCGGCAAACACCCGACAAAAGUAAAAUGGAAACGGAGGAAAUAAUUAAGCUCGUCGACGGUAUAUACAAGAACAUUCUGGACAAGUUCAACCCGGGCGCCCGACAGCUGAUCAGUGCCGGGAAGGCGUACCUCAAGGCCCUCCACGGAGCGUCCGCCGCGUCGAACCUUUUCAAUGAAGCGCUCGCCAAGAUUGCCGUCAAUGCGCAGCAGGGCGGAACCAUCGAUAUUGGUUCCGCCUUGAUGAACAUCGUCGGCGUGUACAAAGAGAUCCAGGAUCAGCACAUGAACAUCCUGAAAGCCUUCUACGUCGAUCUACUCGUACCGCUCGAGACGAACCUGGAAAAGGACACCAAGGUGGUGCAGUUCGAGCAGAAGAAGUUUCUGCAGCAACACAAGAUGCGCUCGGACAGCUACAGCAAGGCGGCAGCGACGAUGAAAAAGUACCGCAAAAAGAACUCGAAAAACACCCCGAAGGAGGCGGAAAAAGAGAUCAAAUCGAUCCAGGCGUUCGAGGAGGAGAAACACAAGCUGGACCAGUUCUGCGAGCACAGCCUGAAGAACGCCAUGACACAGGAACGGCGCCGUUACGGCUUCGUACUGGAGCGCCAGUGUUCGCUGGCCAAACACUGGAUGGCGUAUCACCACUCGGGUCACGUUAUCAUCGAGAAAUCGCUAGAAAACUGGAACGACGUGGCGGCGACGCGCGAAUUUCUGCCACCGAACGUCGAGAACAUGUUUACCGCCAAGCAGCUGCUGCGUGACGUCGAGGAUGACGAUGAGGAUGACCGGGAAUCGAUCGCUUCGCAGCUUCGCAAAACGCGCUCCAUCGAUGCGUCCUGUCUCGAUAUGCGCUCGCUGGCCGAUGUCGCCAACGGGACGCUACAGAUGCCCCGGGCCAAAUCGGAGUUUAAUCUGAAUAAUAACCACAGCGGUGGUCCGAUGGCGGGCAAUGGUACGAUGACGUUGAUGGGUGGUGGUGGUGGUGGUGGCCAUCAUCAUCAUGCAGCGACGAUGAUGAUGAUGAUGGCGUCCGGUGUUGGUGCCAGCGGAAACGGUAAACCGGACAUUUCACACUGGGAACGUCCGACGGUGAAGGCCCUGUAUGCGUACCUGUCAUCGGGUGAGAAUCAGCUUAGCUUUCUCGAGGGUGAUCGCAUCGCGCUGGUAGGUGAUCGAGCGAAGGGUUGGCAGUUUGGGGAGAAUCUGCGGACACAGAAGUUCGGUUGGUUCCCGAUUGCGUACGCCGAAACCGAACGGGAUGAUAAGGAAAGCAUCAGCGAGUGGGUAAAGGCACCACCGAGUGACAUCGACAUCGAGAACACACCGGACACGUCGCUCGAGAGUACGCUGGUCGACGAUAGUCUGUCGAAGAUGAGCGCGUCCUAUCAUGGCGGCGAAGAGGGAUCACCGACGCGCAUGUUCGGCGAUACGAUCCAGUACCGGCAAUCGAAGCAGUUCCGUCGUCUGUCACGGGGUGAGAAACCACCGAAACCGGGACCACCACCACAGCUACCGGCACCCGUACCGACACCGGUCGUUCCGAACAGCUACAACGGUGGCAAACAUCGUCAUGAUGGACCAUCGAACGGUAAUGGAGGCGGCGGAGGUAUCCCGCAGUCGAACAGCUUCUCGGCGGCCGGCAUUGGACAGCAGGCGAUGGUGGUGGACGGAAAGCGCAAGUCCGGAUCGGCCACCAUGAACUUCAGCAAACCGCCCCAGACGAGCGGUAAUCAGAAGCCGAAAGCAUCACGCAACGGGAUGGCCAGUGCCUCGCUGCACAGCAGCAACGAUAGCGGAUUCUCGAACGAACCGCAACCGCAGCCCGAGAUGGACCUGUACUCCGAUGAGGAGCCCGUUAACCGAGUGCCAAUCAGAUCUGCCCGCUCGGAGAAGAACCUGCUCAACGAUCAAACGAUGCCCCGGACGUCGAAUGGACGCGACGGAGGACCAUCGCCGCGGUACGACGAGGAUGACAUCUACGGUACGAUUGUGCCACCGAGACCCCGAGGCCAAAACAGUCAGAUGACCAUGCGGCAGGCCAACAGCUACGGUAACAUCGCCGACAGCCAGUCCGGUACGCUCGAGUACGGUUACCGGUCGCGGACACGCCUCUCCGAUGGUAGCGGUGGCCCCCAGGGUCCCAACCAGAGUGACUCGCAGAAAAUCAAACGCACCAAAUCGUUCUGGAAGUUCUCGAAAUCCGAAGACCACAUCCUCGAGGGUAUGGCCAUGUGGAAGCACAACGACAUCAUCCCGACCGGACGUGAGAAGCGCGAGAUGGAAAAGAAGGAAGCCACCCUGAAGCGCAACAUGCGCAAGAAGGAACAGCUGGACAAGCAGAAGCAGAAAGAGAUGGUGGCCGCCAAGGCAGAAGAGGAACAGCACCAGCAGCAACAGCAACAGCAGCAACGUCGUAAGGAGCGUGGCUCCCAGGGAAAUGGUCUGAUGGGUGAGGAUGCGUCCAACUCCAACACGCUCGUGCGCCAGAGUCGGGAUUCGCGGGAGCGUGAUCGUGACCAGAACGGUGGUUCGAUGAUGCGCGAACGGCCGCACAGUAUCGCGAUGAUGCCGGAGCAGGAAAAGUUCCCGAUCACCAAGUCGGACAUCGAUAAGCGCAUCUCGAAGAUCGACCAGGAGUUCCAUCAGCAGCAGCACAAGAAGCAGAGUCGCGGUGCGAUGGAAGAGUCCGGUCAAAGGCGUGAUCGGAGUGAAGGUGCCGAUCGGAAGCAAUCGAAACAGGGCAAGAGCGAUAGCAACAACCGACACAGUUAUGCCGGCGAUCAUCAUAUGCACCAUGGACGGAACGAGGAGCAGGCCAUCUACGGUGACAAUGGUGGUGGUAAAUCGGGCAAGGACAAGUACCGUACGUCGGAGCGUGAGGCAAGCAAGAACCGGAACAACGAUGCACUGAACAAGUACUACCAGGAUCAGACGUUCGAUGACUUUGCGAUCAUACCGAGUGACUCGAUCAUGAUGCAGGAUGCGAGCUUCUACGAUGAUGAUGGCAUGAUGGAUGAUAUGAUGUUGAUGAAGACGGUGCGCCGGAAGGAGAUACUGAAGCAGUACUACUCAAGCGGCACAGACACUGAGCGCAACUCGUCUAGUUCCGAUCCGUACGAUUGCAUCGUGGUGGAUGAUCACCUUGUGGCUACCGGGGCCGGCCCAGAGAUAAUGCGUACCGAUGGCCGGAAGGGUCGCGAUCGGAAGUCCCAUGGUGCCAACGAUGGUGGAAUGAUGCGUCUCACGACAUCGGCGGCAACGGCUACGACGACGGAUCGGCGAAGUGAGAAGAAAAGUGCGGCCGAAGAUAAGAUGAGCUUCUCCACGUUCCGUGGUGGUGCGACCGGUGGUGGUAACGAUAACCGAAUGAUGGGACGCGUUGAUGAUGAUGACGAUGAUGAUACGAUGAUGGCUUCGAUUACGCUCGACGAUGAGUUGAUGGAUGAAGAUCCACGGCAUCACCAGCAUCACCACCAGCAACAGCAACAGCAGCAACAACAACAGCAGAUGAUGACGCGUGAUCGGCGAUCGAAGGGCUCCAAGAUGAACGGAGGACAAUCGGGAAUGGGCGAAUCGAAGUACGAGUCGGAACAGGAAUCCCGCAUCAGUGCCAAGAUGCAGAACAACGGACAGCAACAGCAGCAGCAACAGCAGCAAAAGCGGAAAUCCACCAAAUCGAUCGCCUCGGACGGUAAGGCGUACGGUCCGUGGUACGAUCUGUGGGGUGCGGACAGCUCCGUCCACAAUCAGAAGCUUUAGACCCACAAAAACGGCGCACCGUAGAUUGGUGAAGCAGUCUUUAUCGCCAGCGUAAAGAUUGCUUUCAGCCGACAGAAGUGGAACCACAGUCCCCCCUUUCCAGCACCGGCAAACACUGGCACCGGAGAACGACAGUGUCGCCAAACUUCUUAAUGUAACGAACUCAAACCACACCAAACGUCAUUUACACACUCCAAAUAAGCCAUCAACACACGGAACUGUACGAAUUUCAAUCCCUCAACAAUAGAGCACAACGAGCCGCACUCCCGAAAGGUACUUUCUAUGAUGAAGAUCGUCAAGGGAUGGAUCGGAGCUGCGAUCGGAAAUGAUUACCACCACACGCAACCACAACCAUUGUUUGUAGCGCCAACAUUUUGCUAGCCUCUAGUGAUUCAUUUAAUUCGAUUUUUACCAACUCGGCCUCGGAUGGGCGUAAGGAUGUCGUUUUUUCCCCGUAUUUUUUUCCAACACACGUUAAACUCCCGUUAGGACUUUACUGUUACGCGUUAUGUGUAGACCGACCACUCUUCCGGCGAGAGUGGCGUCGUUGUUUUCGUCGUUUUUUUUUUUUCCAAUAUUAUAAAAUUUUAUGUCUGGUUACGGGUUGCAUUACGGCCUCUUUUAGCAGCUAUUAUCGUUUGUUUCUAUUCUAUAUUCUAUUCUCCGAGUUUAAACGAACAUUAAACGAACGCACUUCCAAAUAGUCUCCCUAAUGUUUAGUCAGUUUCAGCUUCGUUUUCGGGUUUUUUUUACCGCGAAGUGAAGCAUCAGCGACCGUCGUCGAGAGAGAGAGAGAGCGAGUUGAUUUGUAGUUUUUUUUCAUUAGCCUGGUAAGAUGUUUAGUCUAAUAUACACUCUUUUAUACACGCUGCAACAGAAGUUAAUGUGCCAAGUUAGUGUGCGAAGUGUAGUCGCAGGAAAAUUGUGGAGGGAAAAGUGAGAAAGAUUAGAAUAGGAUUAAGAUUACCUCAAGCAAUACAAUCGAGUUUCACGUGAGGCGAGAGAACAACAACCGGACAACCCUUCUAUGUACAGCUGAUAGAAGGAAGGAACCCGGAACCGUAGCAUAAGAUGGAAAUCGACCCAAGUAUGCGUGACGCGCAGUAGAAGCAUUGUAUUACGAAAAGUCAUGUAACAUUUGUUUGUAUAAUUUAAACGGAGGCGUGGCGUGGCGAUGGUUUUAUCGAGUUGUGUGUUUAUGAUUGUACCAUUUAUAAAAGACAAUAAAGAUAUGAUAGAGACAAAA